CUACAUGAGUAUCACUGUAGGCAGUAAUUGUAAUAUUCUGUUAAAUUAACAUAAAAAUGAGAAGUUCGCUAAAACACAUGUUUUUCAACGCGGUGUGAAUAAAUUGCUGAAAUAAGGACGUAACAUUUAAAAAAUAGAUAGAUAAUAUGGAUAUAAAUGAGUUAUUUGAUUGUUUUAACGAAGCGCCGAAUGAAAGCUUGCAGUUACCGUUGCCAAUACCCACAAAAAAAGCAAAAGUAAACCAGGCCGAGAAAAAUUCUUCUGCUGGCGUCAAUAAAACGAGAAAAGCGAACAUACGUGAAUCAACUGGAACGGAUGCAGAUGUCAGCACCAAGGAACAUACAGAAGAAAAUGCUGAUAAAAAAGAGUCUGCCAAGCGGCAGCGUGUUGACAUAAACACAGAGACAGAGGAAAUUCCUGACAAUGAAUCGGAUAAUGAAGUCAAUUAUGAAAUAGAGGAUAAAGAAGAAGAGCUGGACGAUUGUGCAUUGGAGGCGCUGCGCGUGCGUAUUGUCACCCAUCAGCUGGUGUCGCCAGAGUCCUGCACGCAUGAGGUAGCCGCCCAUCCCGAUCAGGAGUACAUUCCUCUACAGCCAUUUACGGGCGUACCUGCCAAAGAAUAUCCAUUCGUGCUGGAUCCAUUCCAGAAGCAGGCGAUUCUCUGUAUUGAUAACUCGCAGAGUGUCCUGGUAUCGGCACACACAUCGGCGGGCAAGACUGUGGUGGCGGAGUAUGCCAUUGCAAAGUCGCUGGCAGCUAAACAGCGCGUUAUUUACACCACGCCCAUUAAGGCGCUAUCCAAUCAAAAGUUUCGCGAGUUCACAGAUGAGUUUCAGGAUGUGGGUCUGGUCACGGGAGAUGUUACCAUCAAUCCCUCAGCCUCCUGUUUGAUCAUGACAACGGAAAUUCUGCGUAACAUGCUGUACCGUGGCAGCGAAAUAAUGCGCGAGGUGGGCUGGGUGAUAUUCGAUGAGAUUCAUUAUAUGCGUGAUAAGGAGCGUGGAGUAGUGUGGGAGGAGACACUUAUUCUAUUACCUGACAAUGUGCGCUAUGUCUUUCUUUCGGCCACCAUACCCAAUGCCCGACAAUUUGCCGAAUGGGUUUGCCAUCUGCACAAACAACCUUGUCACGUGGUCUACACGGAUUACAGACCCACGCCGUUGCAGCAUUAUAUUUUUCCAGCCGGAGGCGAUGGUAUCCACCUAAUUGUCGACGAGAAGGGCCAGUUUAAGGAGGAUAACUUCACUACGGCCAUGGCGGUGUUGGCCAACGCAGGUGAGGCAGCUAAGGGCGAUCAGAAAGGUCGCAAGGGUGGCGUCAAGGGUCACAACUCAGGCCAAACAAAUAUAUUCAAAAUUGUCAAGAUGAUAAUGGAGCGUCACUUUGCGCCCGUCAUCAUUUUCUCGUUUAGUAAGAAGGAAUGCGAGGUAUAUGCCAUGCAAAUGGCCAAACUAGACUUUAAUACUGUCGAUGAGAAGAAGCUGGUGGAUGAGGUCUUUCACAAUGCCAUGGAUGUUCUCACAGAGGAGGAUCGUCGCUUGCCACAGGUGGAGAAUGUGUUGCCCUUACUGCGACGUGGUAUUGGCAUACAUCAUGGCGGACUGCUGCCCAUUCUCAAGGAGACCAUUGAGAUUCUGUUUGGCGAAGGUCUGAUCAAGGCGCUCUUCGCCACAGAGACCUUUGCCAUGGGUCUAAACAUGCCUGCGCGCACAGUUCUGUUCACAGCGCCCCGUAAAUUCGAUGGUAAGGACUUCCGUUGGAUCAGCUCGGGCGAGUAUAUCCAAAUGGCUGGACGUGCUGGCCGUCGAGGUCUGGACGACAAGGGCAUUGUUAUACUGAUGAUUGAUGAGAAGGUGUCCCCAGUGGUGGGCCGUGAGAUUGUACAGGGCAAGGCAGACACUCUCAACUCUGCGUUCCAUCUCACCUACAACAUGGUAUUGAAUCUGCUGCGGGUGGAGGAAAUCAACCCAGAGUAUAUGCUGGAGCGCAGCUUCUAUCAGUUUCAAAAUCAGGCCGCACUGCCCGGUCUUCACGAUCAGGUGCAGCAGAAGACACAGCAGCUGAAUAAGCUAACCAUCAAGGAUGAGCACAAUAUUGCGUCCUAUCACCACAUUCGCGAUCAGCUCGAUAUCAAUGGCAGCAAGUUCCGCGAAUGGCUAACCAAGCCACAGUAUCUGGUGCCUUUUUUGCAGCCAGGUCGGCUAGUGAAAGUGUCCGCUGGCAAGCAGGAGUACGACUGGGGCAUCGUAUUGAACUUUAAAAAACAGGAGCAGAGUCGCAAGAAUCCAUUGAAGGGCGAACCGGGCGUUGUCAUCGAUGUACUUCUGCAUGUUAGCGAGGAUGCGGCCAAGACAGGUGAGACCGAACCCUGUCCGCCCAACGAACGUGGCUGCAUGGAGGUAGUGCCCGUAGCCAAUACGCUGAUCACCCAAAUCAGCUCCAUACGCGUCUACUUUCCCAACGAUCUGCGCACGGCUGACAAUCGCCGAGCCGUCCUGAAGACCAUUCAGGAGGCGAAGAAACGAUUUCCACUUGGUCCACCUGUGCUUCAUCCCAUCGACGACAUGAAUAUCAAGGACAGUGAAUUUCGCAAGAUUGUGGACACAAUUGCACAGUUCGAGCAAUUGCUCGAAGAGCAUCCGUUGCAUAAGUCGCCGGAACUAGAGCGCAUUCAUAAGCGCUAUCUCGAUAAGCUGAAGCUACAAACCGAGGUGAACAGCCUGAAGGCGGAGUUGAAGGCUGCGCGCAGCCUGCUGCAGAUGGACGAGCUGAAGUUCCGAAAACGCGUGCUUCGGCGCAUGGGUUACUGCAAGCCAGGCGAUGUCAUCGAAUUUAAAGGUCGCGUUGCCUGCGAGCUGAGCUCCGCGGAUGAGUUGCUCAUCACCGAAAUGAUAUUCAAUGGCGUGUUCAACGAGCUCUCUGCUCCGCAAGCUGUGGCGCUUCUCUCCUGCUUCGUAUGCGACGAGAAGUCUGCUGAGUCGCCGAAGAGCGCCACCGAGCUAUCCGGCCCGUUGCGCUCCUUGCAAAGUUUGGCGCGUCGCAUUGCCAAGGUGUCCACCGAAUGCAAACUGAAUCUGGAUGAAGACAACUAUGUGGAGAAAUUCAAGCCCUUCCUAAUGGACGUUGUGCUGGCUUGGUGCAAGGGCUCCACUUUUUUGAAUGUCUGCAAAAUGACGGACAUCUUUGAGGGCUCCAUAAUUCGCUGCAUGCGACGCCUGGAAGAGCUGCUGCGUCAACUGUGCCAGGCAUCCAAAACGAUCGGCAACACAGAUCUGGAGAACAAGUUCUCCGAAGGCAUUCGAUUGCUUAAGCGCGACAUUGUCUUUGCCGCCUCGCUGUAUCUAUAGAUUAGUUCUUACUUACUUUUGCAUCGUAUGAAAAGUUAAUAAUAUAUAAUAUAUUAUGGAAAAGUUAUGUCUUGUUGAAAUAUUUCAUAGAUAUUUUGAAUGGAACAAGUUGAAACAGGACAAAGCACAUUAUGCAGAACGUUCACAAAAGAGAAAUAAUAUAUAUUUAUUUAAAUGAAUGAAUUGGACACACUACAUACAAUUAAAUAAACUACACAAUUAUAA